CAAAUGAUUUAUGUGAGGGUGGAAAAGCCGAGACCUUCUGUAAAUCGGACCGACCGAACGGUUCAUUCAACGGCACUUAAUAGUUCGAAGCGACCGGCGGUUUUCGAUUCGGGUCGGUUCGAGUCUCGGACAUACACGAGGGUCUCUUCAGUUUUUCCUUUCAUGCCGCUCGUUCGUUCCCUCCCUCUCCCUUUCGCCGCUUGAUCCCGUUUCUCUCUCUCGCCGUCCAGCCGGCGACGCACCCCUUCACUAUCUCUUGCCGUCAAGCUCUUCGCUCCGGCGCCGGCGGCCGAAAACCUAAAGAGAGAAGCCGGAGGAAGAAGUCCACAUCCUCUGUCUUUUUCCAUUGGAAUUGAAUUCUCAAUUUGACUUUUCCACUUCGAACGAAUCGAUUGAGUUCUCAGCUUGAACGGGAAAGUACAUGAGUCAGGAAAGUACACGAGUCGUGCAUUGAGGCAUCCGUAAGGGCUAUAGUAAGGCUGUUAAGAAUCAAGAGGGCAGUUGAUCGAGAUUGCUGUCCACAUGCAGACCAGAUCUGGAGCAGAGAUGACCAUCAGGUUGGUGGGAAAAUGCCUAAAUCUGUCAAUUCAUAAGCAUUUUUUGGCUUGCAACAAAAUUGGUUUCCACCCUCGAGUUUUGCAUAACGGUCCAGACACGAUUGAUGAACUUUUAGACAGACAUGUGGUUAAGAAAGAAAAGUCCUUUAAUGAUGAAGAUGAUGAAUUGAUAACUCAGCGACACCUCACCAGCACUCGGCGUGAGGCUCUAAGUCUCUACCGAGACAUCAUCCGUGCGACUCGAUUCUUUAUGUGGCCAGAUUCUCGAGGUGUCCUGUGGCGAGAUGUUCUCAGGGAGAAUGCACGAAAGGAAUUUGAGGAAGCCCGGUAUGAGUCUGAUCCAGAAGUUGUGACCCGGCUGCUCAUUGGUGGGCGUGAUGCUGUGCAGUCGGCUCUUGACAAGCUUGCUGAGAAGCAGAUGCAGGAGAUUGAUAAGAAACAACAUGGUGGAGAUCAAUCGUGAUCUAUUAUACGGUCUUUAUGAUCUCAUCUGCUAUUGCAAACGAAUUCGACGUUCUGAUCAGCUCUUUGUUUUUGUUCUUGAUUUGAAUCGAUUGAGAAGGUCUUCUACUCGUAAAAAUCAUUGGGUUUCUAAUCUUUCUCCAGGACGAGAUUUGGGAUAUAGAAAAGGAAUUGGGACUGGUUGCUCUGAAAAUGAGAAGGUAAAAGGAAAGAGAGAAAUGGAAUCCAUUUGUUAUGGAUGUGGUAAUCCUGAAUCAAGUGCUUAAAAGUUGAGCUUCUAAAAUCAUCAACAGUUUGGUAGAUUUCUACUUCCACAGCCAUAUUUAUUGGGGAUAUGGUCACAUUCAGAGACCACCAAAAUGGGAGUUCACCAGCUUGACCUCUGAUUUUGGUAGCAGUUUCACGUCCUCGGUAUUUUCCUUUAGUUUAUUGCAGAAAAUAUCAUCAGAUUUGUGAAUACAUUCAAUAAGAAGCCAUCAACUUUUGCCUUCCUCAAACUUGAAUCUAUAUCGUCUAUUGUUUUUCUAAUUUUGUUUUGUUGAAACUGGUUCUGUUCUGUUAUGUUGGGAAUUGAUGCUCUUUGUCUGAUCUGGAGACGAAAUCAGUCUCUUAUCAGGGGUCUGGAUUUGCUGUGAGAGUUUUGAUGAUAAGUUAUUCGAUGAAUGGUUAAAACAUAGUAUGUUUUUAAUCUUUCACAUA